AUGCAGUGCGCAGGACUCUUCCUGGUGGCCUUGGCUACCUGUGUGGCUCUUCAACCCUCAGAAGCCAUACUGCCCUUUGCCUCCAGCUGCUGCACUGAGGUUUCACCACACCUUUCCAGAAGGCUUCUGAAGAUGGUUCAUACAUGUCACCUGCAGAGAGCUGAUGGGAACUGUGACUUGGAUGCUGUUGCCCUUUAUUUCGGGCGCAGAAGAUUCUGUGUUACCCCAGAGAAUCAUAUGCUUAAGGAAUGGAUGAAAGCACAAGCAGCCAAGAAAAUUGAUCAACGCGUAAUUUGCCGUGAGAAGAAGUAUAAUAAGAGUCAUCAAGGGGCACUUUAGUAUAAGAUUCCAUGACAGGCUGCCAUAAAACUGCUUCCCAGACAGCU